AGUACCAUGGAUUACUUUUGCAAAGCCCUAUUUUGCGGCAUCUUUGAAUUUUUAUUUUCUUUAAUGAUCAUUUUGUACAACUUGGAUGUAUAUCUGACUAGAAGCUGAACUAACCUGGAAAGCAGUUGCAGGCUGAGAAGCAUUAUCAGUGGUGAGUGAGGAUCAAUCAUUAUUUGAGUGUGCCUACGGAGCUCCACACCUUGCUAAGACUGAGAUGACUGCAUCCUCCUCCAGUGAAUAUGGACAGACUUCCAAGAUGAGUCCACGUCUCCCUCAGCAGGACUGGCUACCACAACCCCCAUCCAGAGUUACUAUCAAGAUGGAAUGUAACUCCAAUCAAAUUAAUGGGUCAAGGAACUCUCCUGAUGAGUGCAGUGUUACAAAGGGUGGGAAGAUGGUCAACAGCCAAGAUAAUGUUGGAAUGAAUUAUGGCAGCUUUUUGGAGGAGAAGCAUAUUCUAUCAACCAACAUGACAACAAAUGAACGAAGGGUUAUUGUACCUGCAGAUCCUACAUUAUGGAGCACAGACCACGUCCGGCAAUGGCUAGAAUGGGCGGUCAAAGAAUAUGGUCUUCCAGAUGUUGACAUCUUGCUGUUCCAGAACAUAGAUGGGAAGGAUUUGUGUAAGAUGACCAAAGAUGAUUUCCAAAGACUCACUCCAAGUUAUAAUGCUGAUAUCCUUCUAUCCCAUCUUCACUACCUCAGAGAGACUCCUCUUCCACAUUUGACUUCAGAUGAUGUUGAUAAAGCCUUACAAAACUCUCCACGGUUGAUGCAUGCUAGAAACACAGGAGGGGCCACUUUUAUUUUCCCAAACACUUCAGUAUAUCCUGAAUCCACACAAAGAAUUGCAUCUAGACCAGAUUUAUCAUAUGAAGCAGCCAGGAGAUCAACCUGGACAAGUCAUAGUCACCCUACACAGUCAAAAGUUACUCAGCCAUCUUCUUCAACAGUUCCCAAAACAGAAGACCAGCGUCCCCAGUUAGAUCCGUAUCAGAUUCUUGGACCAACAAGUAGCCGUCUUGCAAAUCCUGGGAGUGGACAGAUACAGCUUUGGCAGUUCCUUCUGGAGCUUCUAUCUGACAGCUCAAAUUCCAACUGCAUCACUUGGGAAGGCACCAAUGGAGAAUUCAAGAUGACAGACCCUGAUGAAGUUGCCCGUCGCUGGGGAGAACGCAAAAGCAAGCCGAACAUGAACUAUGAUAAGCUUAGUCGUGCAUUACGUUACUACUAUGACAAAAACAUUAUGACUAAAGUUCAUGGCAAGCGUUAUGCUUAUAAAUUUGACUUCCAUGGAAUUGCUCAGGCAUUGCAGCCCCAUCCUCCUGAAUCUUCUUUGUACAAGUAUCCAUCAGACCUCCCUUAUAUGGGCUCCUAUCACGCUCAUCCUCAGAAGAUGAACUUUGUUGCUCCUCAUCCUCCUGCUUUGCCUGUGACAUCUUCCAGUUUCUUCUCUGCCCCUAACCCAUACUGGAAUUCAUCAACUGGAAGUAUCUACCCCAAUACCAGGCUUCCAGCCAGCCAUAUGCCUUCCCAUUUGGGGACUUACUACUAAAGAAAAAAUGACAUUCCUCUACAUUAUAAAAUUUCCCAUUGAGUUUUUAUAAAGUCUGCUAGAGAGAACAUGAAUCAAAAGUGGAAUGAAAGGAAUGAAAAAGGUUGACUAUAUUUCAGGCUGGGGGUGAGUGUGGGAGGUGGAGAAAGAGAUCAAACAGUCCUUUAGGGAUAGGUAAUUAAUAAAAUUAAUACUUAAAAAAGCAAAGAUUAUGCUAAAAUGUAAUAUGGAACAAUCAUGAAAGACAAUGUAAGUUGAAGCAUGAAGUGAUCAUGAUCAAAAGAAAUGUGGCUUUAAUAAGUUUAUAAGCUCCAGUGUAAAGUUUGGUAUCCACAUGCUAACUGGGACUAUACUACAAUAUUAGGAUAAUACAAUAUUGAUCUAACAUACAAUAUAUGAAUUCAUUUUUAAAACUCUGCCUGUAUUUAAAAUAGAAAUAUAUAUAUACAUAUAUAGUGUGUGUGUAUAUAUGAAUUUAUACACAUACUUACACACAGAUUCAGACUGGUUUAUUGUAGAAGCCAAUGUGUGGAAUACAAUGGCACUUUCUAUUUUGAUUAAAAUCAAGAUGGAGGGCUAUCAGCUAUUUCAAACUGUGAAGAAUCCUCAUCAUUUCAAAUUUUUAUGAUCCAAAGAGUAGGACUGAGAAUGUGUAUAAAAGACAAGUGUAUGAUUGUAGAAAAAGAAUCUGCAUCUGCAACAGGACAUUAGUGAGGAGCAGAAGAAGAGAGCAACAAAGAGUGAGGAAAGAAACAAGUAGAAACUGAAAAUGUUAACAUUGGACUUUGGAGAAUGAUUUGUUAGGAUAUGAGAUAAAACAUUAUCAGUGUUACGUCAUCCCUAGUAUACAGAGAGGACACUGCUAAUCUUGAAGGGGAAAGUAGUGUGAAAUUCAGAAAUCAGAUUGCACAUCAUUUUUUAAAGUUUUUUUUUUAACUGGAAUUAUCUGAUAUUUAGAAGAAACAGUCAGGACCUCAUCAUUAUCUUGGGGCAUAAGGUAAGAGACAGCCUUGUUGACUGUCAUUAUCAGAAAUCACAUCGAUGUUUUGGUUAAGUGGGCAUCACUUUUCCUUUUUGAGUCACAAAUGCUGUGCGUUUGUAAGAAUGAAGUAUACAAGUCAGUGGGUUUUUUCCUCUUUAUUACAUAAUAAUUAUAUAACUUAUGCAUUUAUACACUACGAGUUGAUCUCGGCCAACCAAAGACAACCAUACACACGUGCGUACAUACACACACACACAUACGUGCACACAUGUGUGCACUCAUGCACACACACACACACAAUGGAUAAUCAGAAAUAUCGUGGCCUUGAAUUUUAACUCAGUAUGCUUAAUGUUUACAAUAUGAAGUUAUUAAUACUUAGAAUGCAGAGUGUACAUAAUAAAAUAAGCUUGGGCUGCCUUGAUGAUUCUUAUUUAUAUAGUUGUCUGCAUUUUUAGUCACCAACUUUCUUCAUCAUGAUAAUUGGUUAAAAAUGUUAAUCUUCAUAUUUGUCCCUUAAGAAAGUGAGAGAUAAAUAGAGGACUCAAAUGCUUUUUGACUGAAAUCAUAUCACAAUUCAAUCCUUACAAUAAUUUUAUGCCCCAUAACUGUGAAAAUUUUGACCAAAUUCUUCCUAUCUGUUCCUAUGCUGCUAGCAUGUUCAUAAUCUCCUCUCUAGAGUAGUAGGAAAAAGGAAAGAGAAGUCUGAAACUGAGGAAUGAUUUUUUGAAACAAAAAUUUCAGUUCUGUCUCCAUCACAAAUCUCUACAUGGUUCUUAAUAUAAUCAUAAAGUGUUAACUGAACCAUGAAAAACCUGCUGCACUUAAAGAAACUAUAUCAUUAUUAGUAAAUAAAAUGUGUUACAAAAAACCCCAUUAUUCCUCAGUUUAUAACAGUAGGGGGCAACAUCUUAAUGUGUUAUUUGGCUUUUUCCAUUGAUUGAAAUGAGCUGAUUACCUCCGUCUUUUAUACCACAGCAAUUUAGGAACCAGAGUUCAGGCUUUAGAAACCUCUAACCUCAUAUUUAUUAGUAGCUGUGCUCAGUAGACACUGUUUCCAAGAUCCAGUAUACCAAUGGACUUGUGAUUACACCAAUGUGAGUAUUUCCACAUUGUAUUUGCUGGUCCUCUUCAAUAUCCUCACUUAUAUUUACCAUAGAGUAUCAACCCUUGUGUAAAGUAGGGAGAGAGGGGAAAGGGAGGUGGGAAGCAAGACUGGUGAGAUCUCUCAGUUCUCUAGUAAAUUCAACUUAUCUUGACUUGUGUGAAGAGUAAACCCUGAACACAAUGCAUAAUUGGGCUAUUUCAUAGUAGUUCCAGAGCUACUCAUAGACUUUGUGAGGUCUUUCACCAUAAGGAAAACUUAGUUGUCAGACCUGUUUGCUGUGAAGUCUUGGCAAUAAUUCCUAAAGAUUACAUAGGAUCAUAGCCUCCACCAUCAUAUUUGUAUUGAAAAUAACUCCAUUCUGCUCUAGCUUGUACCUUGAUCCUAUAUCAUUAAAAAAAAACCAAACUAACAACAAGGGAUAUGAAAACUGUACCACUGAAAAGGGUUGAUCACUUACUAUGUCAGAAAAACAAGUCAGAUGUGCCUGCAUUCUGCAUAUAGUUGUAAAUUGUACUCUCCUGGUAAUUCAGCGCCAAUAUUUCAAGACCAUUUCAUAAGCAAAACAAUAAAAACAAAAUAAGAUCAAAUUCAAUUUUACAAAUGUUUUAAGUUUCCUGACUACAUACCCCCCACCAAAUUAUUUGCCAAGUUUGAUGUAAAUACGAGCAAUGAUGCAGCAUUUUUGAAGACCUUGAUAAUGCAUGUCCUCAAUAAAUAACCCUUUAUCCCUGCUUUUAAAAUAAUUUCUUCACCUAUUUAUGUCAUGUUCAAAUGUCAAAUUGUUUCUCAGUAUUUUAUUUUUUCAUUUCAAAUCCCCUAGGAAUUGAUUUGAGAUUCUUACAUGAUCAUUGGAAGCUUAAAAAUUUUUUUUUCCUAUUGCCUUUUUCCAGAAGCAUCUGUUUGUGUUGGUUUCCUGGACAAUUGAUCAUUGCUAGAAAGAUUCCUCUUUUGCUGUCUUAAGUGGUGUUUUCAUUUCUCUAUCUAAACAAAUCCUUAUUUAUUCUAAAAUGUCAUUGAACAUUAAAUUUAUUCUUGCCUAAUUGUA